AUGCAAGAAAUCGUCGCAGCUGUCGCUACGCUAUGCUUUUUAGUUCCACUGUGUGCAUCGUUUCCAAUGUGCACCGAUGGGCAACCACCUUUAAUGGAAGCUAACGAUGCUUUCCCAUGCGCUCGAGGAUGUCCACUUGGAUUUUUAUGUGAAAUGCAGGAUUCCCUUUCCACGGCAGCAAUAGGAAUUUGCUGUGCAAAUCGUACAGAGCUUCGACUUCUUUACGGUUCUAAUAACAAAGAUCACAUUGAUCCAAUCUGGAAUGAAAAUAAUGCUAUGAUCGCUAGCAGGAAGAGCGGCGCGAUCUCAUCUUUGUCUUCGACGGAAACACCAAAACCAGGAACGAUAGCAGAGUCCGCAAGAACUGAUGUUACUGUUCCCCGAAAUGGAUCUUCAUCCGUUUUAUCCACUGAAAUUCUUAGUGGAAUGAAUCAGAAGGAUCACGCCAUCGAAGCACCGGAAGUGCAUGACAGCGAUAUCCUUUCUGUGGUAGUGCCGAAGAAUGAGACAACUACAGAGGAUAUUCCACAAAAAUUUCCUUCAAUUGGCUCUGAAGAGCAAAGGACAGCUGCAGAUGCAGUGGACUCUGUUUCAAUGGAACACGAAAAGACAAUAACUAAUGGAACAGUCACUAAUCCUGAGAACAACAUCGAGCAAUCAAAAGGUUUAGAAAUGGAUACAGUAGUCUCCCCUCCAAUAAACAAGGAUGAAUUGGUGAAAAUUGCUGGAAAUGAAUUGCUUUCUGUGCUUACUGUAAAUACUACAGAAAACGACACUAUAAUUGGCGAUUCUACAAACAAUAAUUCUAUUCUGUUUUCCUCAUCAGAAGAAUCCUUAAUGGACGUGAAUUCAACGGAAUAUCUCUUAGAUAUGGGAAAUUCUAUGGAUGUAUUGGCUAAUAUUAGUGCUACGACUGAUGAAGAGAUCUCAUUAAAAUUCCAAAAUACGACUUCUAUAGAGGGAAUGGUGCCAAAUGAAGGAUUCAAAGUUGAAAAUUCGACAAAAGAAGAAGGAUUAAGUGACGGUCCUAUACUUCAUGUCAACAUGAAAACACUGGAGACAAAUCAUGCAAAGGGAUUUGAGAGCCCAAGCACUGUCAGCGAUGAAAUUCUUGACAAACAGAAUGUUAUCGAAGAAUUUCAACUCAACAAAAAUGACACUUUACGAGUGGAAGAAGAAAAAGAAAAGCAAACGACUUAUUCUUGUGAAAGACAACCUUACGAAUUCUCUUGUCAUUCCGGUUCAGUGUUGACGCAGCCAACAAUUCGAUGGUACCUUAACAACAAUGGUGAAUGCGAAUAUUAUCCGUGGGGUUAUUGUCCAGGUGACCGUGUUAUGGAGUCAACAACGAUUCGAACGAAAAAGGAAUGUGAACGGGAGUGUCUGAAGAAAUCCACGGAAAAUGAUGAAGCUGACGAGAUAGCGGAACAACAAACAAAAGAGACAGACACGGAUGCAACUGUAGAGAGCAUAAAAAUUGAUGGAGGAGAACAACUGCUCAAGCCCCUAGAUGGGCAAGAAGGAAGGGAUCGUGUUGAUGUGUCCGCGAACGACGUCUCCUCUGCUUUGGAUCUUGAAUCAUCGAUGGAAAAAGAGAAGAAGAAAAGUGAAGAUGACAAUGUAAAACAAAUAGAACUCGAACAAAGUCAUAGUAAAAGCAAGGACAACGAUAAUGCCGCUGUUUCGGAUGAAAAUGAGCGGAACUCAACAGAGACCAUGGUUUUGAAGGAGGUACCAGAAAGGGAUUCACAAACUCCUAUCGCUGAAGGAGCUGGUGAUGAGUCUACUCAAGAAAAGCCCAACGAACAGAACUCCGGAAAAACUCCAGAAGACGAGAAGAACGAAUUGAGCAUCCAAAAAAAUGCAACUGCGAUAAGUUCAGGCAGUGUUUUCCUGAUUAAGAGGAACCGUUUCAAUGUAAACACCCCCGGGAACAGUCAAGAAGAGGUAUUCAACUCAGUGAGCGAGGAAACGACAGAAAAUAUCAGUUAUGAGAGUACUACGAAGCCAACAGGUGAACAUAAUUUAAAUUUUCGUGGAACAAUUGACUACCGUAUUCGUCUAUUGUAA